AUGAAAGAAUAACUGCUUGGUAAAAUAGCAAGAUAUAGAAUAUUUUUAUAAUAAGGAUUAUAGAUACCUGAUGAAAAUGGUGAUGAUUUAAGAUGCAUAGAUUUUAAUUUUGAUAAAUAUAUUGAAUAGCAGUUAUAGAUUGAACAAGAAUAAAAAAUUGAAUAAGAAGAUUAAAAAAUAGAAUAAACAGAUAAAAAAAUAGAUGAAUUAGAUUUAAAAUUAAAUGAUUAAGAUUUAGAAGGUUUGUUAAAGGAUCUAGAAAAUGUAUAAUUUAAUGGGGAAAUUGAUUUCACUAAAUAAAAUAUUAGUGAUCAAGUAUUAUAUAUUAAUCUAAUAAUUUUCAUUAGACUGUUAUUAGAUUAUCAGUUUUGAUUUAAAAACUUCCAAUUUCAUCAUUAAUUUUAAGUGACACUAAAAUUUCAUAUAUUGGAGGUUUAGAAUUAGGUAAAGCAAUUCCUAAUAGUAAAUUAAAGAAAUUAAUUCUUACUAAUUGUAAUCUAGGUCAUAGUACAAAGUAAGUAUAUAUCUAUUUUUAUUAGUAUUUUAAUGGAACAAUUGCAUUUCUUAGAAGAAGUAGAUUUUGGAAUUCUUGGUAAUAAAGCACUUAGAUAUUUAUCAUAAUAAAAACAUGAAUUAUCACAUAUAGGAUUUUAAGAAGAUCCAAAAGAAGUUUGGGAUGUAUAAACUAAAGAACUAUUUUUAUAAUCAAUUCAAAAAUCAUUAUUAAGCAUUUAAUUUUAAAUAAAUAAUGCUGAUCAUAAGAAGUAUAAUUAUCAAAUAAUAAAGAUUCAUAGGAAUUGCAGAAAUUAAAUGUUAAGAAAAUAGAGAUGCAUAUUUAAGAAAAAGAGCCAUUGAAUAUAAGAGUAAAGAUCUAGAUCCUGAUCAUCCUGAUUAUUAUGAUUGGUAAAAAUUAAUCAUAUAAUUUAGUGAUGAUUUUAAAGUCAAUGCCUUUAAAUUUAGUGUGAAAUCUUAUUUAUCAAAUGUUUUUGAAUCAUUACUAGAUGAAUCUUUAUAUUAUUUAGAAAAAGAAAGACAAAAUGUACUAAGAGAUGAUGCUAUAUAUCAUGUAACUAAUGAACUUUUACCUUAAUCUAUUAUGGAAGAUAUUUGUUAAGCAGAUGGCUCAUUAAUUGUUUUAGCUAAAUAUCUUUUAACAAAAAUUAAAAAAUGA